CGGAUAUGAUACACUCCCCUCGAUGCUGUGGAUCCGCUCCAGCAGGAAUGGCCCGGGGCCCUCGUGCCCGGCGACCGGUUACUCUACGUCAACGACGCAAACCUCGAGAACGCCAGUCUAGACGAAGCCGUGCAAGCCCUCAAGGGGGGCGCCAAAGGGCGUCGUGCGUAUCGGCGUCGCCAAGCCACUUCCUUUUGAGACAACACGGAGCAGGGAAAGCUCGACUCGCAGCGGCUAGCUCAGAUGUUGGAGGAUAUUGAGGUGGCGAGAGAGGCGGGUCCCACGAGCCGGCCGCCUCGACCGAAGCCAACCACUAUGACGGAGAAGCAGAGGCGGUAUAGCAGAGAAGAGCGCCGUGAUGUCACCGCAAGUGACCUUAUGACUUACGGGUCACAGGCCUCGACCCCAGCCGCCUCACCUCGUCCCUCACCCAUGCCUUCACCGAGCCUCAGUAUUGGUUCGACUGGCUCAUGGAGCUCAGAUAUCCCACCGCUUCCAGCAGCUCUGGAGAGGACCAUUCGUUUAAAGAAGGGUCAGAGUCAGCUAGGUGUCAGUGUUGAGGCUGUAGAUAGAGCUAUCAACGGCUGCAUAGUGAAAAGUCUGACCAAGUCUGGCGCCAUCUCUCGGGAUGGUCGCAUCGAGCCGGGCGAUUACAUCGUCAGCAUCAACAAUGAGUCGAUGCGCAAGAUCACUAAUUCGCAGGCGCGCGCCAUCCUGCGGCGCUCCUCCCUGCUCGGCACAGACAUAAG